AUGGCUGCGGCUGCGCCAAAGCGGCGUAUGGGCCUUGAAAAGAUAGGUCUGUAUGAUGUUGGUCGUGCGAUUGGAAAGGGGAAUUUCGCGACGGUUCGGAUAGCACGGCACAGGAUUGCAAAGACCAAGGUGGCAGUGAAAAGUAUUGAUGUAUCAAAACUGGAUAAAGAGAACCUGAUAAAGCUGGAAAGGGAGGUGAAGAUAGUCACAAUGAUCGACCAUCCGCACAUUGUCAAAUGUUAUGAGAUCAUGAGGGUUGACAACAUGUUAUACAUUGUAAGCGAAUACUGUAGCACGGGAGAGUUAUAUGCUACUCUGAUGGGAAAAGGUCGUGUGACAGAGGAUAUUGCUCGAAAAUGGUUUACUGAAACGGCAGCUGCAGUGUCCUAUCUUCACAAUAAAGGAAUAGUGCAUCGGGAUUUGAAAACGGAGAACAUUUUAUUAGGCAAAGAUUCGAAAAUCAAAUUGAUUGAUUUUGGGUUUUCAAAUUUUCAAACUCCCGAUCAACUGCUGAACACAUGGUGCGGUUCACCUCCCUAUGCGGCACCGGAAUUGUUAUUAGGUAACUCGUACGACGGCAUGAAAGCUGAUAUCUGGUCCAUGGGUGUGUUGUUAUACAUUCUCGUGACUGGCGGAUUUCCUUUCGGCAGUGAAUCAGUAAACGAUCUCAAGAGAUCCGUUCUCUCUGGCGUCGUUAAGAUUCCGUAUUGGGUUUCUGUUGAAUGUGCUGAUUUCAUUCGGAAAAUGCUCGUGUUGAAUCCCACGAAACGAAUGACAAUCCAGAACGUUCUCGCACAUAGAUGGAUGCACAUUAGGAAUGAUGUAAAGAAGCAGGUGCAGAAUCUUGAAUCAUCCAUCCGACCAACGCCCAGUAAGCUGAAUCCAACGAUUAUGAUGUUCAUGCAACAGCAUGGCAAGUGGACCGAAGAGCAAAUUAUUGAUGCCGUCUUGGGACGCAACUUUGAAAGCCCGAUUUUCGCAACAUACGAAUUGUUGGCUGAUAAGGUCAAAAUCGGGUCUCUUGAAGGUACAGGUGAAGAGUAUCCAAGAAGAGGUUCGCGGGGAUCAAUUCUGAGUGGUCGGGCAAACGUCGAUGAGCAACCACUAACACCAACUAUAUCGGCUCAUCAGCUGGCACAGCUGAAUUUGUCGAGUCCGGAUUGUGAUUCCGAUGACUCAUCGAACUCUGAUCUGUGCGAUGAAUCUCCAUUGAGCUCACUGGAACCAAAUCAUAAGCAGUUUACGUUACCAAGGGGAUUGGAUCUAAUGGGAAAUAGAUUUGAAAAUCGACGCCACACACUCUGUGCUAGUGAGCAACUGCUAUCACCAAACCUGAUGGGACAGUUUCCACCUCCAAAUCUUCUACUCAACAACUUCACAAUGAGUCCUCUUGGUUUUCCACCAAUGCCUGAAGGACAAGCUGCCGAAUUCCCGUUCCCAUCGUUACACCCAGCGCUUGGCGCGUUUCCAACAACAGAUCUGUCCAAAAUGCUUCCAGUGCCCAAAAGUGAACGUCGCGCGUCUGCAGGAGAAACUUUAUUACCCACGAAUUUCGAUCUUCAGCAACAUCUUGCAAAUCUGUCCGCUAAUCCAGUUUCAUUUCCAACUGUUGAAGAAGAAGGAAGAUCGUAUCUUGCAAAAUAUGGUGGCAAAAGAAACACUGUACAUUGUCUUGGGAACCAAAUUGGAGGUGGUGUACAAAAUCCCAUUCCAAGGUAUCAAAGAACACCGUAUGCAAAAGCGCCGCCAGCGGAGAGAAGGAGCAGUUGGGCUUCACCAUCAUUAUCCCAACAACAACAGUCUCAUCUUGAGAAGAUCUUUAAAGAUGCUUUACAAACAAACAACGACAUCUCCAGGUUGCACAAAGAGUUCAAAAAUCUUUCUCAUGGAUGUGCACAAUCACAAAUCACCAACGAGGGAAGCUCACUGGCGUGCCCACAAAUAUCAAUAACCGACGAGUACAACCGACAACAUAACAUUGCUCCAUCCGCUUCCUCAUUUGAUCCGGUUAGCAUAUUCCAAAAAAAUGCGCAAGAAGUGGUUUUUGGCCAACGACCCGCGACGGCGAUCGGCUUCUCAUCGACUUCUUUUUCGGGAAUGUCAACGCCGGAGCAAACCACCAGAAGCAUGGAUGAUCGAGUCAGGAGCAUUGUGUGCACACUACCAUUUGCCGAAGUUGUGGAGGAGCUAAAAUCCAGUUUGAACAUUCUCAAGAUCCCAUUUGCAGAGACUCAGGAAAUGGUUUACGAGCCACAAGUAACCGAAAUGCGUCGUCUCUCCCUACCAUCUGGUGUCGAGAUCGGAGUUGCCGUAUUACCUCCAGAGCAUAAAUCUCACGUGGAAUUCGCAAUCAUCAACAACGAUUCUCCAACUUCUGAAAUCUUGUGCGACCAGUUGAUUUGCCGACUACGAAUGAUUGAUCCCAAUUGGAGUUCCGAGUGA